UGAUAUUUAUAUCACUCUAAACCUCUUAUUUAUCCCUAUAUUUAACCUUUAUUUUGUAUUUUACCCUCUUUUAUUUGUUUGUUUUGCUUAUUUUUUUUUUUGUUUUACUAGUUCUUUUUAGAUAUGUCUUUGUUUUACUUUUCAAGUUACUUUUUACAUUAUUUUCUUGGUUCUUUAUAGGUCCAAUUGAAAUAUACUUUUAAUUUCAUCUAUAAAAGCCAAAGCAAUGCACAAAUGUGGAGUAAACCAUGCAUGAAUGAUAAAAGGAAGGAGGCAAAUGAAAGUUGAAGAAGCAAGAUUCACAAGAUGGUCCACUUUGAACGACCAUAUCUUCCAUACUAACAAAUUAUUUUUCAGUGAUUCAAAUUGGAGAGUAAAAUUUGGCUCGUUAUCUUUCCAACGAUAGGUCACAUGCUUGAUUUGCAUUAAAAACGAGAAAGUUAUGGUCAUUUGAAGUUGAGUUGUUUGUGUAGUUUUCUUAGGAGCGCCCGCUCCCUUUUUCAAGGAGCGCCCGCUCCUUAUUUUUGGAGCUCCCGCUCCCAGGUCGCUCUUUGGUCGCUCCAACUUUCUGUUUUCCCCAGUUACCAUAGGAGCGCCCGCUCCUAUUUAUAAAGGAGCGCCCGCUCCUUUCAAAUUUCCGGACAGCUCUGUUUUUUUCGCAACUCUUUAAUGAUGUAAUAAUUGGACCUAUAAAUAGGAAUCAUCCCUAUUCAUGAAGGGGGACCUAAUUUUGAAGGGGGAUUAGCCUCCAUUAGUCUUAGAUUAGGAUUUUAAGUGAGAGAAAUCUCAAAACCUAGAGAGAGAAAAGGGAGAAAACUCAAAGAGAGGUUGAAGAUUGUAGAUUCAAGGGUGACACUUGUAUUGGAACUUUCAAUUAUUCAUCAAUGAGCAUUUCUUACUCUAUCUCCUCUUUUAUUGUUUUAUUUUAAUUGUUUUUCUUAGAUUAGUUGUUCAUGAUAAGUUUAAUUAUUUAUGAUUUAUUUUAUUUAGUUUAAUGUUAGAUUAAUGAUAAUUAUCAUGUUAUUAAAGUUUUGUUUCUCUAAAGUCCUCAUUUUUGUAUUUAUGGAGUAGUUUGCUGGUUAGGGUUUGGGUGAAAACCCAACCAUGAUUGAAUUGGGCAUUUGAGUUUGGAUUUAGAGAUUUGCGUGAUUAAAUUAUUGCUUGUUUAGCUCUUCUAAUCUAUAUUGCGUUCUCUUUGAUCACUUGAAUGUCGUAUUAGAUGGAGUUGAUUGAUUUAGGUUGGCAUGAGAGUGUGACCUAUUGAUUUCUACUAUUGACUUGGGUUACUUGAACCUCGGGAUAUGUUAGUAAUGGAUGAGAGUCCUUAUUAUUUGAUGUCUUUGAGGAUUUCUCCGCCUAUGAGAGUAGGAUGGGAGUUGUGUGUUGGGUCAAUAGCUAAUUCAAGUAGUGUUCAUGUAUUAUCUCUAUGUUUGAUAUUCUUAUGCCUAUUUCAUGAUUAGUUAGUGUUUAAUCCCAUCUCCUAACUUUAGUUAUCUCUGAUAUUUAGCUUCUUCGUAGUUCUUAGUUGGUUAUUGACAAUUUCCGACUUGAUUCCGGCCUAACUUAUUGUUUUAUCAAUACAUUUUGGUGUUCCUUAGUCCCUGUGGAUUUCGACCCUUACUUAUCACUUUACCUAGUUUAGUGAUUUAGUUAGGUUUUGUUUGAUUAGGAGGCUAGUGACGACCUAGUUUUUCCUUUAUCAAAAUGGCGCCGUUGCCGGGGACUUCGGCUAACAUUGAUUUGUGUUGAUUAGAUGAGUCUAGGCUAUUUGUGAAUAUUUCUCUUUUAUUUGUUCUAUUUGAUUUCAUUUUCUUUUCUUAAAAAAAAAAUUCGAAAAAUGGCAAUCUUUUCCCUUCCCCGAUAUGAAUAUGAAGUAUUUUGGAGGUACUAUUGGAGGCUUGGAGAUUCUCUUGGUUGUGACCAUAGUUUUGAAAAAUGGGAAAUAUGUGAUGUGAUGUUUGAGAGUCUAAAUGAAGAAACUAGAAAGAUGGUAGAGUCUAUGUCGAAUGGUGAUUUCCAUGCUCAAUCUUUGGAUGAGGCUUGGAGUUUAUUUGAAUGGUUGGCUAGAGAUACAUAUGAAUGGGAAAUGUCAAUGAAUGCUAAUCAAAAUCUUGAAAAUUUCUCUAGUUAUGAACCCGAGACUUGUAUUUCUCCCCCAUCUUCUUUUCAUUUGGAUGAAUUUGCUAAUGUUGCCCAUGCAUCUUAUGAAUUGUCUUCAAGCCCUUGCAUAAAUUCAUAUGAUCAAUCCUAUGCUACCAAUGACGAAUCUCAUAUGCUUGAUUAUGAAUCCCUUCCCCAAUUUGAUUCUCAAAAUGCUCCCCCAACUAUUGUUGAUCCCCUUUUGCAAUUAGAAAUUGAUUUGAAAUUGCUUAGGACAAAAUUGGGUUGCAAUGACGACAUUCUUGAGUUUAAUGAUGUUGAUUCGAGGGAUGUUAAAAAUGAAAAUCAAUUGGGAAAGAGUAGCCUAGAUCUUGAUGAUGGUUUUUGGAGUAGUGAUGGUGAGGAGUAUGCUCUUGAGGAGAAAAGGCCUAUUAUUGAGGAUAUUGUUGAAAAUGAGGAUGUUUAUAAGUCUAUUCAUUCUCUUUUUGAAUCUAAAGUGUCUACCUCUAAUGAAUUGGACCUUACUCUUCCUCCUUGUUCUUUAGAGUGCUUACCCUCUCCUACUAUCCCUUCUUGCUCGAGUGAAGAUCUUGGUCAAUUUGAGAGUGAGUUAUAUUUAGUGGUUGGUAAUGUUUUUGAGGAUUUAGAGGAUGGAAAAGAUGUUUGUAAGGAGUCAUUGGUCGAAAAAGCUUGUGAUUUGAAGACUUAUGAUAUAGGAGAAGUCAUUUGUGAAACCUUAGUUUCUAUUCCUUCGCCUUAUAUCCCAUUUUCAAAAAAGCUUGACCUACUUCCGUCCUUUCCCAUCUCUUUCCCUUAUUUAUCCAAAAUACCUCCAUUAAAUGAGCCACCUUCAUCUCUUCACUUUCAAGUGCCCCAUUUGAUUAAUUUUGAGGAAGAGAGUGAGAUUGCCACAAAAAAGAGGUUGUUGAGGAAACUUUGCCAUUUAUUUCUUCUCUUUAUUUUGAGUCUUCUUUUUCUUAUUUCUUUGUUUUUCCUUUUGAUCCUUCUUGUUUUUGGCAUAGCUUUCCUCGUUUGCACAAAGUUGCACUACAUCUUGUGCAUGCUUUUUAUUUAAGCAUUGCAUAUGUUAUGUCAAUGGAAAUGUGUGCUAGUGCGUUUGACAAACUCUUGCGAUCUUUGAAUUGCUAUUUACUAGAAAGGUCAAGCUUAGGACCUUAAAUAAGCCUUUCUCGGGAAGUAACCUGUGGUUUAUUGCUUUCAUUUUCUUUCUUUUAGUCUUUCUUAUUUUUAUUAUUUUUCUAUCCUUUUUCUUUAGGUAUAUAAAUGGAAUAGCAUCAUUCUCGGUAGCACGUGGAAAGCAAAUCAUGGUUUUGAAAAGUCGAUUAUAAGUGGGGAAAUUGGGUCAUUUGCAGGUCAUUCGACUAUUUGAUGGAUGUAAGGCCGACUUGGUUGUUUGUGAUGGUGCACCUGGUGGUUAGCUUAUUCCAUGACUCACAUGCAUAUAAGCUCUGUAAAUUGUGUUUUUUUAUAGCUUAAUAUAAUCUUAUCUUGUGGCUAAAGAGAAAUUGCUUUUGUAGUUACUUAUUGCAAUAUUAGGAUAACUAUAUUUCUGUUGUUUUCUUGAUGCAUAGUUACUGGACUUCAUGACAUGGACGAGUUUGUUCAAUCUCAUCUCAUACUGGCGGUUAGUGAUUUCCUUAUCAGCAUAUGCUCCAUAGUCAAAGACAAUAGUUACUACUAUAGAUGUAAUUUUUUAAGUUGGAUAUAUUAUAUGUAGACAUGCUUAUUCACCAGUACUCAUAUGUCCAUUGUAUACCAAGGAUGGUUGGAAGUGCUUAAGCUUGGUUUAUAUGUUUAUAAAUUUAAACAAGGAAAAAGGUCAAAUUUAGUGAGCUCUGAUUCUGAACUGUAUUUAUUAUCUCAAGUGAAGGUCAUGAAUGAUUUACAUAUCCUGUGUACGGCAUCAAAUCCUGGAUACAUCGUAUUGAAUGAGAGGAGUAUUCUAUGUUGCUUCUAUAAUACUCAUAUGCAUGCCAACUGCAUGUAGCUAUUGUGCCAAUUAUCAAAGAGCAUGUUCGUACAAUCAAAUAUGAAUUUAUAUAGUCUUCUUCUCUUGACAUUGACCUGCUUCAUUGCUUAAACUCAUGACAAAUAGAUCAAUACAACCAAGUGGAUGUUGUUCUGCACUUACUGCUUACAUGUAUGAUAAUCUUAUUAAUUCUAUAGCAUGUUUUCCCUAUUCAAAUUGGGCUCAGGGAGUAGAGGUAACUAUCAUCCCUUCUUAUUUUCUAUUACAUUUUGAUGAAUAUACAGGGAAUGAUGUUCCUUGUCAAAUAUUAACCACCAUUAUAUAUUUUGGAUUUGGUUUGUAUUAUUUAA